UCAGCCACUUUCACUGUUUCAGCUUUCUGCUUCCAAAAUUUGUCACUGUAGUAUGGAAAAAAGAGUAGUUUGGAGUAAACCCCAAAAAUGCAUAUUCAAUAUGAACAAACAAUUCCAGUUAGCAAAAAUGAAUGAAUGUUCUGAUUUCUAGCUAGUUGAUGAGUUUGAGUGCUUCUGUAGAACAGAGAUCAGGGAAGGGAUUGCGCCUUGCGCGCGUGUGCAAGAGGGCCAUAUUAUUUAGGCGAAUUUACGCAAAUCCACGAGGAAUAUCCGUGGCUGAUUUCGGGGAUCGAGAGCUCACGCCCUGAGUCAGGGGGAAUGUCUCUUGAGUGCAGCGCUUGCAAGCAGAAAAAUAUUAAAAGGAGGGCUGAAAAAAGAUAAAGGAAAAGGGAUUCCUUUAACCACUGCUGCUAAUUUUUAGUUUUCUUCUCUGAGUGUGUGAUGCGCAAAGGAAAAAAGAUGCAGCUUGUAUUCUACCGAUAGAGGAAAAACUAAAUAAAGGAAAAGAUAAAUUAAAGCUUCGAAUCUGCUAAAGCAUGUGCAGCAGAAAGCUCUUCGAUUAUCUGCGUAAACUAGUAUCUGGCACAUCGUUACGCUAAGCCUUGCAUCAUACUGACUCUUAACUGGGCAUUUUCCAUUCACCAUGAUCAGUGCAAUAGCCCUCACUAAUUCCGAAUAAAUCCUGAGUGAAAAAGGUUCAUAGAGACGUGAAAUUUUUAAUCAAAUCAUAUGCGAGUUUUGAACUGUUUCCACGAAAUUCUUACACAUUUCGCCUGAAGUUCGUGAAUUGCGAAUCAAUUUACUGUUGUUGGUGGGAGUGAGAGGGAUACGAAUUUCAACUUUUGCAAAAAUGCAUGCCGGAAUUGGGUUGGAGGGGGUCUGCACGGAACUUUCCUUUUCCAAAAUUAAUAGCACGCGCGCGCGGUUGGUCCGAUCGAGUUCCUUAAUUUUUGCUUCUUCUUUAAAGAAGAUCGAAGAGCCAGGGCGACACACAGCUCGUAGACCCAAAAAGCACGGGCCUCCUUGUGCUUGCCGAUGCCCGGCCAUUAGAGGAAAGAAACCGACCGGCACCGGCGCUCCGGCCAUGGACUCUCGUCCCCUCCCACCUUCCCCAUGCUAGCCCACAUGCUGCUGCUCUCUUCUUCUUCACUCUACUCCACUCCACUCCACUUGCUGGCGCCGGAAUUCUUGACAGUCAGCUGAGACUAGGUUGGUUGGGGAGGAGCGAUAGGUAGAUACGUGUACUGUGUACCAUGGUGACGGCGAGGGAGGCCAGGGAGGCCAGGGAGGCGGCGAUGGACCCUAGCAAGUAUGUGCGGUACACGCCGGAGCAGGUGGAGGCGCUGGAGCGGCUCUACUACGAGUGCCCCAAGCCGAGCUCGCUGCGGCGGCAGCAGCUCGUCAGGGAGUGCGCUGUGCUGGCCAACGUCGAUCCCAAGCAGAUCAAGGUCUGGUUCCAGAACCGGCGGUGCCGGGAGAAGCAGCGCAAGGAGUCGGGGCGGCUCCAGUCGCUCAACCGCAAGCUCACGGCCAUGAACAAGCUGCUCAUGGAGGAGAACGACCGCCUACAGAAGCAGGUCUCGCACCUCGUCUACGAGAACGGCUACUACCGCCAGCAGACGCACAGCGCGGGGCUGGCGACCACGGACACGAGCUGCGAGUCGGUCGUCACCAGCGGCCAGCAGAACGUCGUCGUGGCGGCGCCGCAGCAACAGCCUCCGCCGCGCGACGCGAGCCCUGCUGGGUUGAUGUCUAUCGCCGAGGAGACUUUGACGGAGUUUCUGUCCAAGGCCACUGGAACCGCCGUCGAGUGGGUCCAAAUGCCUGGGAUGAAGCCUGGUCCGGAUUCCAUUGGAAUCAUUGCCAUCUCGCAUGGUUGCGCGGGUGUCGCUGCGCGAGCUUGCGGCCUCGUAGGCAUGGAGCCUGCCAAAGUCGCCGACAUUCUCAAGGAUCGGCCACUGUGGAUGCGUGAUUGCCGGUCUAUGGAGGUAGUGAACGUGCUACCUGCAGGCAGCAAUGGCACGAUUGAGCUUCUCUACAUGCAGCUCUACGCUCCAACGACACUAGCGCCUGCUCGUGACUUCUGGUUGAUGCGGUACACGUCUAUUCUUGACGAUGGAAGUCUAGUGGUCUGUGAAAGAUCACUCAGUAGCAAGCAAGGAGGCCCAAGCAUGCCCCUUGUCCAGCCAUUUAUUAGGGGUGAGAUGCUUCCCAGUGGGUUCUUGAUCCGUCCGAGUGAUGGUGGAGGUAGUGUGAUUCACAUCGUUGACCAUUUGGAUCUGGAGCCUUGGAGCGUGCCUGAAGUUGUAAGACCACUGUAUGAAUCGUCACCCAUUAUUGCCCAGAAGAUGUCGAUGGCGGCGCUGCGCUAUCUCAGGCAGGUAGUUCAAGUAGAUACUAAUUCUGUAAUCACUGGAUGGGGCAGACAGCCUGCAGCCUUACGGGCUCUGAGUCAAAAGCUCACAAGAGGUUUCAACGAAACUCUUAGUGGACUUGCUGAUGAUGGAUGGUCUGUAAUUGAGAGCGAUGGCGUAGAUGAUGUUUCUAUCUCUGUUAAUACAUCGCCGAGUAAAGUGAUAGGUUGCAACGCAGCAUUCAGUGAUGGUCUACCCAUAGUUAGUACUGGUGUUCUUUGUGCAAAGGCGUCAAUGCUGCUGCAGGAUGUCUCCCCGCCAUCUCUCCUGCGGUUUCUGCGGGAGCACCGAUCACAGUGGGCUGACAGCAGUUUAGAUGCAUUCUUUGCUUCGGCGCUAAAACCCAAUUUCUGCAAUUUGCCUAUGUCUCAUCUUGGGGGAUUUAGUGGUCAGGUCAUACUUCCUUUAGCACACACGUUUGACCCUGAAGAAUUCUUGGAGGUUAUCAAGAUAGGAAAUGCCAGUAACUAUCAAGAUGCAGUCAUGAAUCGCGACCUUUUCCUGUUGCAGAUGUACAAUGGAGUAGACGAGAACACGAUAGGCACUUGUUCAGAGCUUAUCUUUGCACCCAUAGAUGCAUCUUUCAGUGAUGAUUCUCCUCUGCUGCCUUCUGGUUUUCGCAUCAUUCCGAUUGAUUCUCCUCUUGACACAUCUAGCCCGAACUGCACAUUGGACCUUGCAUCCACCCUUGAGGCUGGAACACCCAGAAGCAGGAUAACUGGUGGUACCGGUGUUAACUCGAAGGCUGUGAUGACAAUUGCAUUUCAGUUUGCCUUCGAGAGCCACCUGCAAGACAGCGUUGCGGCCAUGGCACGUCAGUACAUGCGCAGCAUCAUCUCGUCGGUGCAAAGGAUAGCGCUGGCGCUGUCUUCCUCGCACCUUGUGUCUCACGGCAGCGGCCGUCUCCUCCCACCUGUUACUCAGGAGGCAGAGACACUCUCCAGAUGGAUUAUUCAGAGCUACAGAUUUCACUUUGGGGCUGAGCUCAUUAAAUCCUCAGAUGCUAACAGUGGCGAAUCGGUGCUUCAAGCCCUUUGGCAUCAUAGCACCGCUAUACUAUGCUGCUCUCUGAAGGCCAUGCCAGCGCUGACGUUCGCGAACCAGUCCGGGCUGGACAUGCUGGAGACGACUCUGGCAGCGCUCCAGGACACCACCCUGGAGAAAGUCCUGGACGACCAAGGGACGAAGAACCUCGUGUGCGCCGACCUGAUCGCCAACGUCAUGGAGCAAGGCUUCGCGUGCGUCCAGGGUGGGACGUGUGUGUCGAGUCAGGGCAGGCCGGCGUCGUACGAUAAGGUGGUGGCGUGGAAGGUCCUCGAUGACGCCAGCGGCGCCACCCACUGCAUCUGCUUCGCGUUCCUCGGCUGGUCUUUCGUUUCAUAGAUCCUUGUUGUUGUUGCUGCUGCUGCUGCUUCUGCUAUUGCUAGGCCUCGCACCACAUGUUCCUGUGAUGUAGUGACAUGUUAUGGAAGCCGGUGCUGCGGACUGCAGAAGAUGACGAUAUAUUUCUUGCUUUUUUUUUUGCUGGAGUUCAUGCUUCGUGCAUCUUGUUUUCCUAAGCUGUACAAACCUUUUCUCGCUACCAAGAUUCCUACGCUCCUGGAACCACCUGACGAAACUUCUGUCG